UUUCAGGUAACAAUUGGAUAAUGUGGAAAUUACUUCAGGAUCUUUUAGAAACAAUUUUUCCACCAUCAGAACCCACAAGAGAAGUACAAUCCAGCUAUAACAAUUCAUAUUAUAGAAGAGAUUACGAAGAAGAAGAAGACGACGUUCAACAAUAUCAUACAUCGCACAUAGCAUCUAUAAAAUCUUCACAAACAACGUCAUAUAGAUCAUCGGUUGUUCAAAACAGUUCAGUCUACAGCCGAACUUUCUCGGAAAAGGAACAGAAUGCGUUCAGCAAGUUUUAUGUUCAGCCUCCAGAAACAAAUUCGAGACAGAAAAAGAAGACAGAAAUCGAAUCUGAAGUGGAAAAGGAAUUGAAAAGUUAUAAGCAUUCUGAUGCCAUCAAUUUUGCUGCAAGAACGUUCAGCUGGGGACCAAAUUUCAAUUCUCCAAAACCCCGUCAAGUAUUCAGGGACAUCUCAACAUACAGUUACGAGAGAGGAAUUCGUGCUUAUUUUCGUGUCUUAUCCGCAGAGGAUAAUAAAUAUAUUCUGAUUGCCUGUCACGCCAAUUUGCAUGGAUUACAUCGCGGAGAUCUUCGAUUUGUAGAAGUCAACGAUCGGACAAUUACGAAAGGUUCCGAGAACUACAGUGUAAUUGGAAUGUUGUUUCCUGGAGAUGUGGUCGCUGUUACAGAACUUUCCAAGAAAUCGAACGCUCCUUCAAUUGCUCCAACUAUUAAAAACGUCAGUCCGCACGAUCCAUGUAUUUGGGAGGUGAACAAAAUGGUUGUUCUGCAAAGAAAAAGCAUUAUCAGAGUUAACUUCGCUAUGUUGAAUAAUGGAGCAGCAAUAGUGGAAGGUCAUACGGAAGCUAUGGAUGUGAUUGAAAUUGACAGAAAGAAGCUGAAAACGGAUAUGAUGUACUAUGGCACAGCUUUCAUCCCGGAGAAAUCUAAAGUUAAGUUUUCCGAAGGCUUUCAUCGACAACACUGGGAAGAUCUGAUGGCUUUAACUUCCAAGUUACCAUCAUAUUCGAAUUCUCUUGGUACAAUCUAUACUCAUUCGCUAUGUGAAAGACAAACGAACAUGUUCAAAAUUGGAGUGGAUGCAUUCAACUCAUCAAUCUAUUCGUUAAAUACCGAAGCGUCUGUAUUAGUUGCUCAGAAGUGUGUCAUUAUGGGUUCCUCAGCUGCUCAAACGGUUUCAAAUGGAAGAUUUGAUGGAAGAAAUUUUCAAAUGACAAACAUCCACCGCAAAAGUCAAAAUUUUCGAUUUUCCAUUGAUAAUCCUUCAAAACAACCAACUGAAGGACGUUGGAAUCCCAAUCAGAAAAUAGAAAUUAAUGGACAAGGAGAAAGUUUGAAAACUUCUAUUGAAACAGUCGUUCUUGGAAAUAAUAGGAAAUCACUUGAAAUUACUGCAACGAUUCCCAAAAACAACAACAAACUUCUCAACUUUCAAACUGGCACUUGGAUUGUAAGUCAAUCACAAUUCCUAGAAACUCCUAGGUUGGACUGUGAAUUUCUUCAAAAAAUGAGCCCGUCGUCAAAUGGUAGACGUAUUGUAACUGCACUUUAUGGUGGAUCUCCAAUCAAUUCAACGGGAAACAUCAAUUGGAAUAAACAAUUUGAAUUCCCAAGUAAAAUACCAAUUGGGCUCAAUCAAUACCAAAAUCAAUAUGUAUCCAUGAUUCUCUCUGGUGUUCCUUUGAUUCUCGGAAACUCCCCAUUUGGUUGUGGAAAGUCGAUGACAAUUGUCACAGCUGCAGUUGAGCUUCAAAAAAAGUAUAUGCGUUCUGAAUCGUUCAACAAACAACAGUUGUUGGUAACUCAAAGUAAUAAUGCAGGAGUAAAUUUAAUUGAAUUUGCAUUGAAACUACACAAAUGCGACCAUAUUCGUUUUCUUCGAUAUGUUAGCGAGUCCAAUUGGAAUUCUCUUCCGGAUUCUUCAAAGACUGAACUUGACAUGCCCAUUCUGAUGGAGGACGAAUUUUUUGAGUGGGCCACAAACACAGAAAUUCAGAAAGAAAACGGUGAAAAUCUAACAAGGGAGAUGAAGAAGGCUAUCGUCGAACAAUCAACUCAAAAAUACCAUUGCAAAGGAAUACUUGUUGGAGAAGCAAAACGAAUUUAUGAAAACAUUCUUAAAAAUCAACGAGAACAUAAGCCUUCCCAAGCUAUCUUGAAAGAAGCAUUCUUCGCUCUUUAUGCACCUGAUAUUAUCGUUUCAACUGCGGAUUCUAUCCACAAUUUAUUGGAAAAUAAUGUUCUUCGAGAUGUAUCAAAUAUUCAAUUCGACGAAGCAAGCCAAGUUCCAGAACAUACCUUGAUUAGCCUACUUCAUAAAUUUCCUAAUGCAAGUUUUGGCCUUGUUGGAGACAUCAAUCAGUUACCAGCUUACUGUGAUGAUGAUUUGCAAGGUCUUCUCAAAGAUUAUGGAAUUGGUAAAACAAUGGCAAGAGCUUCUCGUGAUAAAAUGUUUCCACAAUCUAUCCUUCGACUUGUUUAUCGAUGUCAUCCAACUACCACAAAAAUUCUGAGUGAUCUAUUUUACAAUGGUCAGUUGAUUUCUGGAGUAGAAAAGAAUCAGAGAGACGAAUUCAUGAGAAUGCGCCCUGAUAUUUGGCCAAAUUCAUCUUUCCCAAUUCUUGUUCUCAAUCACGAGAAAGACGGAUAUCGUAUGGGCACUUCGGUGGCAAAUAAUUCUGAAAAAGAUCAAGUUGUGAGAAUUGUUAGUUUAUUAACUAAGAAAGUCAAAGGAUAUGGUCUCUCAGAAUCUGAUAUUGGUAUUAUUUCAUUCUAUAAAGCCCAAACAUCUUUACUCGCGGAUGCAUUAAAGAAAACUGAUGUAAAAUGUGGAACAAUUGAUGCAUUUCAAGGAACUGAACGAGAAGUGAUGAUUGUUUGCUGCACUAAUAAGAAUCCAUCCCUUUUUAUGCAAGAAGGAACUCGUGUCAACGUGGCAAUGUCUAGAGCUCGUCAAGCGACUAUUAUCAUUGGAAAUAUUGCAAAACUGAAGAAAGCAAAACAUUGGGAUACAAUUGCUCAGAGUGCACAGAUCAACAAAUGCUCAAUGGAAGUUUCAACAUUUGGUGGCAGUGAACAAAAACAACCACAAAUGGUUCAGAUUAAAUGUACAGCAAAAAAAUCGAAUAAAAUUCAAAAAAAUCAAAAUGAAGGAAAACAUAUCUCAAUUUCUCAGACUGUAAAAACCAAAGAGGACACCGAACAAAGUUCAAAACCUCAACAAAGAAGAAGAAGACGGAAUAGGAACAAUAUUGGGCAAAAUUCCACAAAUGGCCGAAAAAAUUCGGCUACAAGUUCAACUAUAGUCCAAUGAAACAGAAAUUAACGAGCAGAAUGUUUAAUAACAAACAAACCAGUAUUUUAUAAUUUGACAAUAAUUUCCAUUUUACAAAUUCCGAGUCAUCAUAUUUUGUGGAUCUUGAAAAAACGAAACCGGUCUUUUGAUUUGAAAUUACUCUGCUUUAUUUUUAUUUUGUCAGAGUAUGUGGCACCUUACCAUUUUUAAUUUUCCAUUGUUUUUCUGGCAUAAAGAUAAAAAUAAUCAAUAAAACUAACAGAGAAA